AUGUCGACAACCCAAGCACCAACGACUAUUGAAAUUCCGACAUCAUCUUCCACCUCGUCAACAUCAUCUUCGUCUAGCACAACAGCUCCUGCGGAGUCUACAACAACAACAACAACGAGCACUUCUUCGCACACGACGUCAACAACUUCGACAUCAUCGUCGUCAUCAACCGUAACAACAACUGAUUUUGCCCCGACAGAGACCUCAUCAGAGACUAGCCACACUGUGGAUAUCGUCACGACUGUUGUAACGCAAACACCGACCAAUGGUUCUGCAGGAGUGGAAACUUUGACCAUAACCUCGACGGACACUUCAGUCCCGACAGCCACCGUGGGAACGGCAGCGGAUGGUGUUUCUGCUACUGGAAGCGGCUCAUCGGCUACAGGUACGUCAAAGAGUACCGGCGGAAAUGGCUCUUCCGGACUUUCAGCAGCUGGUACAAUAGCAGUCGCAGUAGUUGUGCCUGUCGCUUCCGUGGCCCUGAUUGUUCUGGCUGCCCUUUAUUUCUGGAGGAAAUGGAAAGCAAAGAAGGCGGCAGAAGAAGAACGAAGAAAGGAGGUGGAGGAAUAUGGCUUCAACCCAAAUAAUGACCCGUCUCUUCCGCCUAUCAUGGGCGGUAGUGCUUUUGAACCCAAGGAUGAUACUUCCGGGUAUCGAGGAUGGGGUACCACAUCGGCAGGCCGGAAAGCAUCGACCAACCUCUCAAGUAGUGCUGGAGUUGGGCUAGCCAUGUCUGAGGCUGGAAGCGCGCCUGGAUAUCACCAUACUGCUACUCCAAGUGACGGGACUAUCCAAUACUCCGAGGGUCAAGGUACACUAGGGGAGACUGAACCCAUCGGUGUUCUUGGUGCUGCUCCUGCGGCAGCAGCCAAUAAUCGAAAUGUCGACAUUCAUCGCGGUCCAUCAAAUGCCUCAUCUGCAUACUCUGCAGCCAACCGGUCGGAGGCCUCGGAUGAAAGCCAUAUGUCCGCCACACAUCCUACUGGUGGAUUUUACGAUGAUAAUCCCUACUAUAGCGAAAUCCAACCGCAGUAUGGAGCCUAUGGUGACGGCCCAUAUGGCGGUGCCCCCCCUGUCAUUCGAGAUGUUCAAGCACGGCGCAACACUAGAAUCGAGAAUCCGGCUGUUUUCCCAAGACAAGGAAAUGCAGGCAUCGCUCAAAACUUCUAG